AUGGCGGCUCUAAACUCGUUUCUUACUUUCUUUCUCUCUCUGACUUUCUUUCUUUCUUUCUUUCUUUCUUUCUUGUGUCUUUCAUAUCAUUUCUAUCUAUCUAUCUAUCUAUCUAUCUAUCUAUCUAUCUAUCUAUCUAUCAUAUCUAUUAUCUAUCUAUUUUCGUAUCUAUCUAUCUAUCUAUCUAUCUAUCUAUCUCAGUCUGUUCGUAUAUAUCUAUUUAUAUAUAAGUCUAUUUCUAUCUGUCUUUUCUAUCUAUCUAUCUAUCUGAAUUCUAUCUAUCUAUCUAUAUCUAUCUAUAUCUAUCUAUCUAUCUGUUCUAUCUAUCUAUCUAUAUAUAUAUAUAAGUAUUUAUAUAUCUAUCUAUCUAUCUAUCUCAGUCUGUUCGUUAUUUAUCUGUCUAUCUCAGUCUGUCCAUAUCUAUCUAUCUAUCUAUCUAUCUAUCUAUCUAUCUAUCUAUCUAUCUAUCUAUCUAUCUCAGGCUGUUCGUAUCUUUAUGUAUCUUUCUCUUUGUAUCUAUCUAUCUAUCUAUCUAUCUAUCUAUCUUUAUAUAUAUAUAUCUAUAUAUCUAUUUAUUUAUCUGUUUUCUAUCUAUCUAUCUAUCUAUCUCAGUAUCUAUCUAUUUAUCUGUCUUCUCCAGUCUAUCUGUAUCUAUCUAUCUAUCUAUCUAUCUAUAUCUAUCUAUCUAUCAGUUUCUGGAGAUCUAGUAUAUCUAUCUAUCUAUCUCUUCUAUCUAUCUAUCUAUCUAUCUAUCUAUCUAUCUAUCUAUCUAUCUAUCUCAGUCUGUUCGUAUCUAUCUAUCUAUCUAUCUCAGUUUGUUCGUAUCUAUCUAUCUAUCUAUCUAUCUAUCUAUCUAUCUAUCUAUCUAUCUCAGUCUGUUCGUAUCUAUGCAUCUUCGUAUCUAUCUAUCUAUCUAUCUAUCUAUCUAUCUAUCUAUCUAUCUAUCACAAACUUCAUUAUCUAUCUAUCUAUCUAUCUAUCUCAGAUCAUCCUCUGCGCAUGUCAGGAAGUAGUCGUGAAUGUGUUUUGGGGGAGGAUAUCAUUUGUAUUAUUCAUAUCUAUAUAUCUUUGUUUGAUUAUCUCUGUCCAUCUCUGUCUCGGCCUGCCCAUAUCUAUCUAUCUAUCUAUCUAUCUAUCUAUCUAUCUAUCUAUCUAUCUAUCUAUCUAUCUAUCUAUCUAUUUUAA